UGUACACAGUGGCCUCAUGGCGAGCUCCGCAGCGCCUAACUGGAGAGCCUUGCCGUUUCUCUGUGUCAUGCUCCUUUUUUCUGUCCCUGACUACACUACCCACUCAGUCUCUGGAUAACGUUUUUUGGUCUCUUUUGCGUGGAACUGACGUUUUGUCUGAUCAGACUCUUUGGAUAUUAUUGUUUUUCUAAGGGCAGGAGAAUGGCCUGCAGACCGCGAGAAGUUUUCUCUUUCAAAGACUCAGAACUUCCCUCCCAUCUUCUGGCCCAGCUCAACAUCCUCCGGCAGGAGCGCAUCCUGACAGACGUCCUGCUCUGCACCGAGCACCAGGAGAUCCCCUGCCACAGGAACGUCCUGGUCUCCAGCAGCCCGUAUUUCCGAGCCAUGUUCUGCAGCAACUUUCUGGAGAGCAGUCAGGCGCGAGUGAACCUGAAGGGGAUCUCCUCAAAUGUCCUCAGUGGCAUCGUGGACUACGUCUACACGGGCUGCAUCACCAUCACCAUGGAGAUCGUGCUCCCACUCAUGCAGGCAGCCUCCAUGCUUCACUACGGAGGUCUCUUCGAGGCCUGCUCCAUGUUCCUGCAGGAGCAGCUGAGCCCCGAAAACUGUCUGAGCAUGAUUCGACUCUCUGAGAUCCUCCACUGUGAGAGUUUGAGGGAGAGGGCAAAGGAGAUGGCGGUGAGGUGUUUCUCCGACGUCGCCGCCACAGAGGACUUCUGCGAGCUGUCCCUCCCUGAGCUCAUGUGCUACCUCGAAGACGACCGGCUCUGUGCGGAGGAGGAGCAAGUGUUUGAGACCCUCCUGGCGUGGAUCCACCACGACCCGUUCUCAAGACAGGGCGCAAUCCACGACCUCUUCAAGAAAGUCCGUCUUCGCUACAUCCACCCAACCUACCUGUUCCAGUUCAUCGCCAACGACCCGCUGGUGCAGUCCUCCACCCUCUGCACCGAGAUCAUCGAGUCGGUGCGUCGCCUCAUGCUCACAGUCAGCACCAAGUGCAGCCGAGAGCUCAAGCCACUGUGGACCACGCCGAGACGGUACACCUGCCGGGAAACACUGGUGGUGGUUGGGGGGCGUAAAAACAACGAACAGACCUCCCGAGAGGCCUUGCUGUACGACGAAAGGACUCAUCGCUGGCAGUGGCUGGCUAAGCUCCCCCUGCGACUCUACAAAGCAGCAUAUGUGUGUAUUCACAGCAUCCUCUAUGUGGUCGGCGGGCUCAGCCUCUGCAUGGCAUCGGGCGACAGCUCGGUCAGCGCCACAGUUUACACACUCUCACUGAAGACCAACCAGUGGCGGACUGCUGAGCCCAUGCUGGAGCCACGAUACGCCCACCAAAGUGUGUCCUAUCUGCACUUCAUAUUUGUGUUGGGAGGCAUUGGGGUGGACAAGAGAAUCUCCCAGUCAGUGGAAAGGUAUAACAGUAUGUUUAAUCAAUGGGAGGCCAUGGCACCGAUGCCCACAGCGGCACUGCAUCCAGCUGUGGCGGCCAGCGAUCAGAGGAUCUACGUCUUUGGGGGCGAGGACGCCAUGCAGAAUCCAGUCAGGCUGAUUCAGGUGUAUCACAUCUCUCGCAACCUGUGGUCCAGGCUCGAGACAAGGACGGUGAAAAACGUUUGCGCUCCCGCUGCCGUCAUUGAAGACAAGAUCUACAUCGUAGGAGGAUACACCAGGCGAAUGAUCGCCUACGACACCAAAGCCAACAAAUUCGUCAAGUGCGAGAACCUGAAGGAGCGGCGGAUGCAUCACAGCGCAACAGUGAUCAACAACAAGCUCUAUGUCACCGGUGGACGGAUCCUCAACGGGCACGACGUCAUCGAGGACUCAGACUGCUUCGAGUGUUACGACCCAAAGACAGACGUCUGGACCUCGAAAGGUUCCUUGCCGUACAAGCUGUUUGACCACGGCUCCCUGCCGCUGGUCUGCGUUUCCAACAGACCCAACCCACCGUGACCUGCCGUCCAACCAGCCACUUGGCGGGAUGCUUUGCUUACAUGCUCGUCGCCUCCCCUUUGCCAUGAUUCACUGGCCUCUAGUUACACAAAUGGGAAACCAUUUCAACCUGACUGCAUUCCGUCACGCAGCUCAGUCUCUGCCACAACUUAGCAGCAUGUUAGGCCGCGCUGACGUUCAUCUGAGUCAAAGGAGAGCUCAGCUGACGGCCAGCGGUGUCACGUCUGAGGCACCUGGGAACUGUGGAACCGAGCUGAGGCCCCGCGAGAUGACGAGAGGCAGAAAGUACUUACACAACAAGCAGCUGUUCAGACACAUACGUAAUCCAAAAAGCUCUUUCCGCAGAUGGCCACACUCGUUUGAUGGUGACUAAAAGUGUUAAUGCUUUAAUUUCCCAGACAUUUAGACACAGCAUAUCAUUGCCCAGCAGCUGUAGCAGACUUCCCUGUAGCAAUUAAACACAUCGGGAAUUACACGUCUGGCUGCUUGUUAACUCUGUGAGUUCUGCGUGUCGCGUAAACCUGAAGAAAAUGACAGAACAGACCGAUAAUACAUUUGCACUUUAGAGAGAAAUACAUUCCUCCUUGACCCACAUGCUUCUAUCAGAGUGCACUGGAGAAAAUCGGUGACAAACUCCCCAUGCAAAGGAAGUCUAUCAUGUUUGCUGAAGUGUUGAAAAGCACAGUUUAACUCAAAUGAGACGAUCUGGUCCAACUCUAUUCCACUUUAGCUGGCUAGACUCACGACUUUGAGAACUGUUUCUGCAGCCCCCUGCUAAACAUGCUCUUGAUUCAUGGAUGUUUUCGCUUGCAGAAUAUUAGUGCAUAUAAUAUGAAGUAGAGAGAGAUGACAUUCAAGUACAGUCGUUAGAUAAGGGAAAUGGCGUUGAUGUAAGGACAUGUGACAAUGCUGCCUUUGAGGGACAAUGCAUGGCAGGGAUGCAGAGACCUACUGAGGGCAACUAUAACUGGAAACGUGAAGGGAAGGACUGUCAGGGUCCGCAGCCUGCAGCAUGCUCACGGACACAUGUGACCUGCAGGUGGUCUCUCACCCAGCUGAAUUACAUUUAUAUGAGGAAAAAGAGCUGUAACGCACCAGGGAAAGAUGUAACACGAUGUGACUGUGGGUCCUCUUCUGGGUCACUGUUGCACUCCAGCUCCUCUAAGACUGCACCACCAAUCAGCUGCAUGCCAGAUGCAAACACUGCUACUUGCA